CUCAACUACACAUUCUCUUCAUUUCAAACAUCUCAUAUACCAACCAAACCUUUCUAGUUUCUACAUUACAAAAAAAAAAAAAAAAAAUUGCACAAAAAAACCUUACACAACUAGAUUUACAUACACCCUUUAUAUAUCUAUAUAUGCUAAAAUUAACCUUUCUAUAUCGAUAUAUGCCUAGUUCAGAAAUGUUCACCGGAUAUCCCAUCUAACCAUUAAAAAAACUCAUUCUUUCCAAAUAACUUCUUUUAAUUACCCUUUUUAUAUAUCUAUAUCUAUAUAUUUAUGCUACAAAUAUAUUCUUAAAAUUUUUCUCAUUUGUGCACACCCAACAAACAUCAACACACACACAAACAAUGCCUUCAAGACAACCUAAUUCAUUUCCACAACAACAUAACACAAAACACAAAACUACUUUCAUUUUUCUCAUAAUCACAAUUUUUUCUUCCAUUUUGAUACUUUUUGGAAUUGCAUAUUUAUUUUAUUACUUAUGGUACACUUUGAUACACCCAUCUCGAACUAGCCCACUUGAUAAUUCAUGUCCGAUUUUAUUAAAACUGCGUAGUUUUGAUUACAAAGAGCUCAAUUCUGCAACAAAUGGGUUUCAUGAAGAAAACUAUGUUGGUAAAGGUGGGUCCGGGACAGUAUACCGAGGUAUACUGAAAACCGGAAAGUUAGUUGCUGUGAAACUGCUUGACUCGGAGUCAGAAUCAUCUGACCCCGAGCGAGAGUUUCAAACCGAACUGCGAAUCCUAGGUGGACUGGAUUCGCAGUUCGUUGUUUCUUUAUUAGGAUAUUGUAUUUAUAAAAGAAAAAGAUUGGUUGUAUAUGAAUAUAUGCCUAAUAAAAGCUUACAAGAAUUAUUGUUUUCGGAUUAUGGGUUAAGUUGGAAAAAAAGAUUUGAUAUUAUUUUAGACAUUUCAAAAGCAUUGGAGUUUUUACAUAAUGAAUGUGACCCACCCGUGAUUCACGGAGAUGUGAAACCUAGUAAUGUUUUACUAGAUACCGAAUUCCGAGCGAAGCUCUCGGAUUUCGGGUUAUCGAGGUUUAAAAUGGAUCCGGAUUUUGAGGUUGAUUUAUUUAGUCAAGAUUUAUCAGGUACUAUUGCUGGGCCCAGGGCCGGUGAUACUGAAUCACCGGCCAUUGGGACUCCCCAAGAUAGUAGUACCUGUAAUGAGGUAGAUUUUGCUCUUGCUUUACAAGCUUCUUCAUCAUCCACACCCGUUAGUAGUAAAGUUUUAUGUAGUCGGGCCGGGUUAGGUUCAGGGUUGGGGUUAGGGUUAGGAUUUGGGUUUAUAAAUGAGAAAGGUAAGGAGGUUUCAAAUGGUAAUUAUGUUGAAAAUGGUGGUAGUGAAGAGUGGGUUAAGAAUAAGUUUACGAAUUACGAUGAAGGUUUUGGGCGUAAUUUAGAAAAUGAUUGUGUCAAGGAAGUGAAUUUAAAUGGUUCUGAUUAUCAAAAAACUAGUAAGAAGCAAUGGGGGAAAGAUUGGUGGUGGAAGCAAGACGGAAGUGGUGAGUUAAGUUCGAAAGAUUAUGUACGAGAAUGGAUCGGGAGUCAGAUUUGCCCGUCCGCGAAUCCAGAUUGGGACGACGAUAAGAACUCUGAAACCCGCGAUUUCAAUAGUUCGUUAAACAGGUUGAACAAUGCCAAUGAGAACAAAGUGUGUGGUCAUAAUGAAGAGAAUAGAGGAUGGAAACAACAUAGGAAAAUGCAAGAAUGGUGGAAAGAAGAACAUCUUGAUGAACUGACUAAAAAGAAAGUCGAAAAGAAGAUCAAACGACGAUUUUUCAAACUCAAGAUCUUUCAAAAGAAACGAAAACGAAACAGCAAUGAUCAUAAAACAGAACUAAGUUUCCGAAAGACUUCAAAAAACGACGCUGAAAUGCACAGUGGGGAUCUUUUUAGUCGCGAGUUAAGUAGCACGACGAGUAUGAGGGGGACGCUUUGUUAUGUGGCACCAGAGUAUGGUGGUUGCGGAUACUUGGUCGAGAAGGCUGAUAUCUACAGUUUUGGAGUGUUGAUUCUUGUUAUUGUUUCGGGUCGUAGACCAUUACAUGUUCUGUCUUCGCCGAUGAAACUUGAAAAGGCGAAUUUGAUAAGUUGGUGCAGGCAGUUAGCGCAAGGAGGCGAUUUGUUGGAACUAGUUGACGAGAAACUAAAAGACGAUUACAACAAGACGCAAGCAAGUUUGUGUGUGAACUUGGCUCUUGCUUGUUUACAAAAAAUGCCCGAGUUGAGACCAGAUAUUGGAGACAUUGUCAAGAUUUUGAAAGGCGAAAUGGAGCUUCCCGUUGUUCCGUUUGAGUAUUCUCCUUCACCGCCUUCGAAAUUGACUGCAAGGUCAAGAUCGAAGAGGAAGAAGAAGAAUAAUGCUGAUUAAAAUUUGGUAAAAUGUAAGUUGAGACUUUUUUAAAACAAGUUAAAAGGUUAAUAUGUUUAUAUAUCUAUCUAUUGGAUUACAAAAGUUAAGUUUACAGAUAGGUGAAAAACAAUUCAUGUGAGAUUGGGUAUAGUUAUGUCUGAUAGUAUUGCAUUUGUAUAUAAUUAGGUGCUUGCUUGUUUAGAUCAAAUGUUUUAGGUUUAUUUUGGUAUUUUUGGUUGUGCAGCUACAUACUUACAUAUGAGAGAUGGGUUAGUUGUAUUUUGCCUACAUUCUUUGUUUCUAUUGUUAUUCUUCAAUCAUAGAAAGGAGUUGCUGUCA